AUGGCCGAUCAUCAGCGCUCCGCUCUCCUUCGAGCAUCAACACCAGCAUCAAAGGACUUCUUCAGCACUCUAAUAGUGGCCAACCACAUUCUACACUACCACAAUGUCGUGGACGCCUACGGCCACAUCAGUGCAAGGAACCCACAGAACCCGGAGACAUUCUUCAUCUCAAAAUCACUUGCUCCGGCCCUGGUAUCAUGUCGUGAGGACCUUGAAGAAUACCGAGUCGCGGACGCCUCGCCAGUGAAUCCUGAUGCACCAAAAGGCUAUGUUGAGCGCUUCAUACAUAGUGAGAUCUACAAGCGGUAUACGGGUGUGCAUGCCGUCAUCCAUGGACAUCCCGAGGUGGUGAUACCGUUUGGCAUUAGUAGUAUUCCUUUGAGACCUGUGUUCCAUAUGGGUGGUGUCAUGGGCGCACAAUGCCCGAUCUAUGACAUUCAGCAGCAUUAUAAAUCAUCUGACAAUGUUCACUCGCUUCUCGUCAACAACGAACACCUUGGCGCAGGUCUAGCACUAGGCUUCCAUCCAUCGACCAUGAUCUCGAAAGGCACCAGCCUGAUCCGAAGCUUCGUCACAUCCCAGCCAACCCAAGUGCCGGAAUUUCCGUCAAGUCCCACAGUGCUAAUGCGUGGCCAUGGCUUCACAUGUCUCGGCUCUACCGUACAAGAAGCGGUGUUCCGGGCUGUGUAUACGUGCACCAAUGCUAGAGUCCAGACGACUGCUCUUAUGAUGCAGGGGUCGUACAAUGUUGGCCUUGUCGGCGAGCGUUUUGGCGGUGGUGAGAAGGAAACGGGGCCUGCGAAGCAUGAAGACAUCAAGUACCUCAGCGAGCGCGAAGCUAAAGAGGCUGGUACUGCGCUCCAAUCGAGUGCUGAGCGGCCGUGGAAGUUGUGGUGUGCGGAAGUCGCCGCAUCAGGCUUAUAUCAAAAUGAGCUCGGCUCUCCCCCAGGCGCAUGA